AUGCAGCACAAAGACACAGCGGACUGCGCAGAUGCAGCUCAAAUACUACAAUGGCACCUCCGACUGCGCAGACGCAGCUCAUUGAGAGUGCCCUACAGUAGCACAGCAGUGGUGUGGAUGCGUACCGUGCUCAGAGCUGUAGGUUUGGAGGACGUGAGAAACAUCAGUCAGGACUUCAUUAUGAGUGGAAGCAAAAAAGCCCAAAGGAGAUUUUCUCUGGACAGCUCAGGAUAUCAUCUGGAUGUCAGUGAAAUCAGAAGCAACAUGUUGAGAAGAUCAUCAGAAGGAAAGACCAUCCACAGUCCUGAUAAAGAACAUCUGCAGUUCAUACAGCACAACAUCAGCUCACAGAAGAGAAGCAGAUCCACAACCAUAGAGGAAGAAAGUUUGGAUCAGCCCGAUGGACUUCUGCUCUGUACCAGUUUCAAGACCCACAACAAAACAUUUCACAAACUCUUUCCUGACAUUCCCAAGACGGAAGAUCUGGAACACGUUUUUACCUGUGGCCUGAAAAAAGAAGUGAUUUACCACGGUAAACUCUACAUCUCCCAUCAUCACGUGUGCUUUCACUCCUCUGUGCUGCUCAAAGAAACUAAGGUUAUGAUUCUGGUGUCCAGCAUUCAAACCAUUAAGAAGAAAAACACAGCCAAGAUCGUUCCCAAUGCCAUCGCCAUCAUCACAGACGUACAGAAGUAUCAGUUUGUCUCGCUGAGGAAUAGAGAGGCGUGUUUUAAACUCCUACUGUCGCUCUGUCCACAACUCCAGACUGAGAACAUCAACAAUAACCUGAAGAUGUCCGACACAGAAAACCAACACGACGUCACUAUUGACACGAUCUCCAGCCUGUCAAGUUUAGAGGAGAACGCUGAUGAUCACAAACUUUCUACUACUGAAGAGUUUGAGAAUCUGAACAGCAAUAAAUCUGUCAACAACAGGGUCUCCUGGGUAACCAUGGUAACAGAGAAAAUUAAAUCUGUUCUGUCCACCAAUGACACGCACAUCCUCAACAAACUUCUUGUGUUUUAUCUGAUACUUGUGGUCCUUUUGGUGUUGUCAUCCGGGUAUAUUGGCUUAAGGAUUGUGGCUCUGGAGGAACAACUGGGAGCCCUGCUGGAGUUUACACUACAGAGAGAGUACAAUGAAACGUAACCCCAUACAACAUGAUAGAGUUACAGAAGGAAGGAGAAGAAGAUUAAAGUGUUUGAUUUGUCAUUUACGCAGACAUCAGAGAUUCUGAAAACCUCCGAACAGAAGUACACAGAGAUGUACAGUGAUGUCUCACCUUCUGUUUUAUAUCAACACAUCAAAUAGAUUUGUGUACAUGAGAACUGUAACACAAGUGAAUACUGACAUCUACAGUCCAAACUCAUUUUAACAACACAAACCUGUCUAUGCACUGAGUACUAGUCUUUCUUGGGUUAUAGAUUUACUCUUAUUUAUACUUACAGUAAAUAAUGGAGAUCAGAUGAAUGGUUUGGUCAAAGUGAUAGAAAACAGGUUUGAGAGUUUGACUCCAUAACUUCAGUAAAUGAGUGAAGGGUUAAUGAAUUGAAACAGUAAAGCUCAUGAAGGAUUUCUGCUAUAAUGUUCUUGUUUCUCACAACAGACGUGUUUAUAGUGUUUGUAUGCAACAUGAAUUAUAGCGAGAAGUCUUAAAAAGUUUAUAUGUCAAGAGUGUCUUUCAGUGCUUUAGACUCAAAAAGAUUCAUGCAGACAAAUAUAAAGAGACAUUCAGUGAAAGUUAUCAUAUGAGCUUUCUAAUCAGACAUGAC